CCUUUCUGUGACUAAAUCAGAGUUAGUAAUCUAGUAGUAUAUAAAAGUCUGUAGUUAUUGCAACUUUGUGUACCAGUUUAGGAAAUUCUACAAAAAAGAAUUAAUGUAUUAAUAAGUAGAGGCACUUAGUAAAAAUAAAAUUUUAUAGAGAUGCUCUUAAAAUAUGUAAAUCCGACAUUUAUCUACGGGAGAUAUUUACAGAAUAAUCUACCAGCAUUGCUCACUGCUAUUAAUUAUUCCAAUGACUUUAUACAAAUCAGAUGUAUUAAAAAGCAUUGGAAUCCAAAAUUUAAGAAAGAAAGAAGAGAGAAAGUUAUUAAAAUAAAACUUCCAUCCUUUGAGAAUACAAAUGAGGAUCCCACUAAAUUAAACAAAGAACAAGUACGAUCACGUAUGAAAGAAUAUGGUUUUGUCCCACAAAAACAAUGGUCAGAAAGACCAGCAUUUAUGAGUUGUACUCCUAUGAUUUUUGAAUCUUAUGUUGCUCCUGAAGGAGAUGGAAAAUAUUCUGCUAUUACUAAAGAGGGAGCAAAACAAAAAUUAGCAUUUUUGGAGAAGAAGAGUAAAUCCUUAAUGGCCAUCAGAAAAAUUAAAUCAUUUGAUGACACAUUUAAGACCUCUUAUUUUACAGAGGAAGCCACUGACAUUUAUAAAAACGCGCACGAUGCUUUAGCUGCCAAAGAUGAAGAAAAAUUAUUACAAUAUGUUACUGAAACUGCAUAUCCUAAAAUUGUACACAAUAUGAUGAACAAAACUUUACAUUGGAAAUUCUUAGAAUCAUUAGAACUUCCCCGUGUCGUGCACGCAAGAACUACAGAUAUAAUAACGAAGGAAAACGUUUUUGCACAAAUUACUGUUCGUUUUCACACGCAACAGAUUUUAGCUAUUUACAAUAGAUUUGGUCGAUUAAUGCAAGGAAGUGAAAUUUUGAGAAAAGACGUUUUAGAAUAUAUAGUAUUUGAAAAACAUUUAGCUAACGAAUAUGGUACUUGGCGAAUUCAUGGUAAGAUUAUACCAUCCUGGAUGACUCCAACAGAUAUAUCAGAAGGUACAUACAUUCUGCCAAAAAAGAAACAUGAUCCUGUGCUCACUAAGCCACCUCCUAUCGAAGCUACAUUAAUUGAAAAUACAUCGAAAGAUGCGAUAAGUACACAAUCUGUAAGCGUAUAAAUAUAUAUAUAUAUAUAUAUAUAUAUAUAUAUAUAUAUAUAUAUAUAUAUAUAUAUAUAUAUAUAUAUAUAUAUAUAUAUACAUAUAUAUAUAUAUAUAUAUAUUUAUACAUAAUAUUCUGUAAGUAAUAUUCUCAUUGUAAAUUGUAUUCUGUAAGUAAUAUUGUAUUUUAUAUUAUAUUAAAGCAGAAAAAUAUAUAUUUUAAUUUAAUAAAAAAAUCGGUAGCCUAGCACCAAAGAUAUGCAAAAGCGGCAUAUACACGACGAAACCGUACGUGUAUUUUUUUUUUAUUAUUUACGCGAAUUAUUUAAUUGAGUACAAACACGAUUAUCGUAUCGCUAUAAUGGCUGAAUUAAUUGUAUAUUAAGGAGACUCAAACGAUAGCUUGGAAUCCUUAUUAGAAAAAUAUUUAUUUUUACGCUAUGUAAUCUAUGAGUGUAGUUAUCCAAGUACAAAUUCUAAAAUCGUAAUACUUACGAUUAACCCGGGAGUGGAGUCGUACCGGUCAUUUCCCCGUACUUUUUCGUUUUCCAUUUAUAGCAUCUAGUCUAUUGAUAUUAUCGUAUUUUCGCUUUUACGUAAAUUUUCUU